AUGCGCCUCCUCCUGCACCCCAGCUUGCGCGCGCUGCCGAGGGCCGCUCAGCGCGACCUGCGCAGUCGCAUCUGGCUGCGUCUCAAGUCGCAGGGUCCGCGGCCUUCGCAGCGGAAUACCCCCAAAGCUCCGUCAAAAGGCGCGGUGCAUGAGCCGCCGACGCCGACAGUGUCCUCCGCUGAAUCGGUCAAGACAACGAUGAGGAAAGGUCCACCGGAACGUAUACUGAUUUACUAUGGCGGAACUGGCCGAGCCAUGUUCCUGGGCAUGAUGAGAGUGACAACCAUUUUCUUGUUUGGCGCCGCUUGCUUCCUCGUGGCACCCUUCUGUUACGCCGACGAGGAAAGGCAGUGGAUGACCCCGUUAGUCAUCGCCGGAGGUGCAGUUCCCAUGAUCUCAUUCGCAUACGUCGCUUCACCUUACGUCAACUUCAUCCAUCUCGCCCUCCCCGCCUUUGCCCGGAGAUCUCGUGAAAUGGCUGCCCACUACGCCAAGGAUCUUCCACCGACGGCCGUUCUAUAUCUCAACACUAUGCGGUGGAACACUAUUCCGCGCCAGACUACCGUCCGUCUGGGAGACCUCGUGUCGGACAGGGACCCUAUUCGACCUGUUACUUUCCGGAAUCUGAAGCCUGUUCAACUGCCGUGGUGGAGGACGAAAGCGCCGACUCAGUUCUUUGCUGCUGCUGAAAGCAAGCCUGGGAGACAGACAACAGCGUUCUACCCGGAGAUGUGGCCGGCUAUUUAUAAUCGGAUCCAGAGUCAGGCGAAGAAGAGGUAG